AUGACACUGAGACCACCGUUGACACCACCGUAUCUAUUCAUUACUCUGGCUAUAUCUCAGGUCCUUAUUUCACUUGUGGCAUUUGGCAAUGAUUUAUUCAAGUCUGAUGACACCGAGGCGGCUAUCCUGGAUAUACUCGCCACAGUGGUUCCGACUGCCUACGCGUAUAUUGCUGGAACCCUGCCUUUGAAGACAUACAAGCCUUCAUUAAACGUCGCCAAACCGAACGAUGUGCCCUCUUCCAAGUUGACAUGUCCAGAAGAUAACGUUAACCUAUGGACAUGGGUAACAUUUUCUUUCGUGCAGCCAAUCAUGAACGUCGCUGUGAAAAGAACUUUACACGACACCGACGUCUGGAGUCUUUCUCCCUUUUUCAGCCACAAAAACCUCUUUCAGAAAUACCAGGAAUAUCACGCAAAAUACCCAUCCCAUUCUCUUCUACGGUUUCUUUUGUGGUCAAACUCCUUGGACCUUACUCUUGAUGUCCUUUUGGAAAUGUGGAGUGCCACUGUUGGAUUUGUUUCCCCAUAUGCUCUUCAAAGAAUAUUGGCGGCCCUGGCGAUUAAUACUCAAGAAUCCAGAUCCGAGGCCUACUUCUGGACUCUCGUAACCUUCAUUGCCAACUUGUCAUUCGGUCAGGUUGAUCUGUUCCAGAAUUGGUACACAAGACGAUGCUACGAAAGAACACGCGGGCAGUUGUUUUGUAUGCUGCAUUACAAGUCUCUUAAAAGGCAGGACAUCAGUGGCAAGGUUCACCGUGAAGGAGAGGAAAAUGAUGCGGAUCUAGGCAAGAUUCUGAACCUGAUGGAGAGAGAUACGUACGCGGUGGCUCAACGUUUCUGGGAAUUCUCCGGACUGUUCACGUCUCCCGUGCGCAUUGCUAUUGCGCUGUAUUUUUUAUACCGAAUUUUGGGCUGGAGCGCUCUUUCUGGUGUCGUCGUUGUCAUCGUUGCUUUCACCCUGGAUUACCCAAUUUUGCGCUAUACCUUCUAUCUUUCCAAGUCUUCUGCAAAAGCAAACGAUGUACGGAUGCGGACCGUUAACGAGCUUGUGCAAAACAUCAGAUUCCUCAAGUUUUAUGGGUGGGAGUUCCAAUGGUCAAGGAAGGCAGAGAAGGACCGCGAGACGGAGCUGAAAUGGCGCAUCAGGCGAAAUAUUGUUGAAACUGCAACCAAUUUCAUUUGGGUCUGGAUGCCUUCCGCCACGGCUCUUAUAUCUUUUUUGUGCUAUACCUUGGUCGCGGGGAAGCACUUGACUGUUUCGACAGCAUUCACGUCUAUUGCCUUGUUUUCUCAACUUCAAACCCCAAUGGUUGCGCUACCUGAUCAAGUCAAGGCAAUGUUAGAUGCCUAUAUCUCGAUGCAACGCAUUGAGGAUUUUUUGAAAGAAGGAGAAGUGCCUGGAUGGGCGUCUUCAUUGUCAUCAGAAGUCGUCGAAAAUGGCAAUAAAGACAACUACGAAGUUGGUUUCAAGGAGGCCGCUUUUGAAUGGGAAGAAAGUCACAACAGCUCUUCUGCCCCUUCUUCCCGCUUCCGGUUGGGGCCACUGGAUUUUGUCUUCCCGCCAGGAAAUUUGACUAUUGUCAGCGGCGCCACAGGGUCGGGAAAGAGUGCGCUUUUGGUUGCGCUCCUCGGAGGGUUGGAGCUAGCGACGAUACGGGACAACAUCAUCUUUGGCUCGUCUUCCCCAUUCGAUGAAACUCGUUAUCAGGCAGUCUUGGAUGCUUGUGCUUUAAGGCAAGACCUUUCCAUCCUGGAUGCUGGUGAUAUGACUGAAAUUGGAGAGAAGGGAAUUACGUUGUCUGGAGGACAACGUGCGCGGGUCGCUCUGGCCCGAGCUAUGUAUUCCCAAGCAAAGGUUAUUCUCUUGGAUGACCCUCUAUCGGCCGUGGACAUGCAUACUGCCCAACACAUUGUCAGCAAAUGUCUUAUUGGAGAUUUAGCUCGUGACCGGACAAUCAUCCUCGUCACUCAUCACAUAACUCUUUGCCUUCCUGUGGCAUCCUACCUCGUCGAAUUGGAUAAAGGAAAGAUUCUGCAUCAUGGGACUAUUCCGGAGCUCGAAGCAAGAGGUCUAUUACUCAAGGUGAUAGAAACAGAAGAGGACACAUUCCCCCAGGCCAAAUCACCUACUCUACCGUCUUUCAAUGAAAUGGAUGCAAGUCAGGAUCUCAGCAGCUCAAGACUGGUGCAUCGCCAACCUACAGACGGAAAGCUUGUCGAAAAAGAGGCUAGAGCAGAAGGGCGGGUUGCUUUUCGCAGCUAUAUAACGUACCUCCGUGCUUCUGGCAUUUCUUCAUGGGUUGCAACGAUUACCGUCGCUGUACUUAUUCGUGCAAUCAACAUACUCAAUCAGGUUUAUCUAUCGGAUUGGGGUGAAGCAUACGAUAACAAGUAUCCUGAGGUAGCUUUUGUCGCCCAGUUUCGAAAUCUUGGCUUUCGACCUCCGUGGAAAGACUUGCCGCCGCCUGAUCAAAACGUAAAGCCUUGGUUGAUGAUAUACCUUUACAUCUCCAUCACAGGGGCUUUAACCGUCCUUUUAUAUAUCGUGAUAGGCUACUAUGCAAGUUUGCAGGCAUCAAGGCGGCUGUUUACCGCCCUCCUUCGAAGGGUAACGAGAGCCCCUGCACGCUUCUUCGAUGUCACACCAAUUGGACGUAUUUUGAAUCGGUUUACGACGGAUAUAGGAACCAUUGACAAUGCAUUACAAGGCUCGGCGAGGUCAUGCCUAAGCGGUGUUUUGAAUUUUAUGGCUUCAUUUGGGUUCAUACUAUACAAAGUUCCUAGCUUUAUACCAUUCGCCUUCUUCAUUGCUUGGCUAUACGUCCGGUUGGCGCCAUCGUACAUUCAUGCAUCUAGGGAUCUCAGAAGGUUGGAAUCAAUAUCACGGUCGCCUACAUUCGCCGGCUACGACGAGCUUUUGAGGGGAAUAACUCAUAUUCGAGCGUUCGCGAUGGAGAAAAGAUAUCAGGACAACUUCUAUGCCCGGGUGGACAAAUUCCAGUCGUUCGACCAUGUUUAUUGGUUGGUCAACGGAUGGUUGAUGUGGAGAUAUGAUUGCUUAGGCUCAGUCGUCGUGUUCUCUGCGACGAUUUUUGCAUUGCUAUCAGGUCUUACGGAUGGUUCGGCGGCCAUUGUCAUUGUGCAAGCCGGGCUCUUCGCAGAUGCAAGCCGACAGCUUAUCAAAGUUGCUGCCCAACUCGAACUCGAUUUCAACAGUGUCGAACGUGUGGUAGAAUACCUUGGCCUUCCACAAGAGGCCCCUCCUAUCAUCGAGAAAAAUCGACCACCGGCUUAUUGGCCAUCGACAUCGGGAGAACUUGUCGUUGAAAACUUGGUAGUCCAAUAUGCACCUAAAUUGCCGGCUGUCCUUCAUAACAUCAGCUUCGUUGUAAAGCCUUCUGAAAAGAUUGGCGUGGUCGGCAGGACUGGUUCUGGUAAAUCGACCCUUGCAAUGUCUUUGCUCCGUAUUGUAGAGCCUACAGGUGGAAGAAUCGUCCUCGAUGGUAUCGACAUAUCCACCUUGGGGCUUGAAGAUCUCCGGACACGCGUCACAAUUGUCAGUCAGGACGUUUCUCUCUUUUCCGGCACCAUCCGAAGCAACCUUGAUCCUCUUGGACAACAUACAACAGAAGAAUGUAUUCAAGUGCUGGAGAGAUGCCACCUCACACCUCUUCUCAACCACAAACCAAACGAAGCGCAACCAACGGUUUUGGAUAUUGAAAUCACUCAAGACUCGCUCAGUGCCGGAGAAAAGCAACUGCUCGCGCUAGCCAGGGCAACAUUGAGGCGUACCUCAAUAAUUAUCAUGGACGAAGCCACAUCGCAAAUCGACUCCAAUCUGGAUGAUCAAAUUCAACGAACAAUCCGGGAGGAACUGGCCGGGGCAAUAGUAAUCACUAUUGCCCAUCGUCUCAAAACCGUCAUGGAUUAUGAUCGAGUUCUUGUAUUGGAGGACGGCCGCAUCGUAGAGUUUGAUACCCCUCAUGCCUUGCUUUCGACGCCUAGGGGAGUGUUUCGUGGGAUGUGUAGAAAGAGUGCAGAUUGGCAGCUCUUUAUGGAAAUUGCAGGUGAAAGCAGCAGGCGGAGUGAACGGAGCGAGAGAAGUGAGAGAAGUGAAAGAUCUAGGUCGAGUGAGGGUUCCCUUUGA